UAAUAUACUCUAUUUAGCAACUCUUGCAAGAGACACAGCAGUGGGUGAAGUUGUUGCGAGAAUGGAAGCUUUUGACCCAGACUUAGAAGAUCAGGACGGAUUGGUAUUUUCACUAACCGACCCUGAUAAUCAGUACUUUGAGAUGGAAUCCGAUGGUACACUGAAAGUUAAAUCUAGUCUUGAAAGCUACCCAGAUAACGAGGUAUCCCUCAGAGUUGAUGUGAGAGAUAAGAAAAAUCAGAAAGCACAGACCUCUGUGACCAUAGUUUUCACCGAUGCAAGGGUCAAUCCACCACAAUUUAUUCAAGACCCCCACCCUGAUGAGUCGGUAUCGGAAGAUAUUGGUGUUCUUACCGUAGUCUUCAGUGCUCGUGCAGUAGCAGCGGAUGGGUCUCCUGUGAUUUAUGAAUUGUUAUCUGGUGAGACAAAAGAGACCAAUAACCCAGUCAAGUUUAAAAUCGACCUUGAAGGGAAUGUGUUUGUUUCAGACAGCUUGGACUAUGAGGACACAACAAGGUAG